AUGAUUCUCGCAACUUUUUGCAUGAUGUUGCCUGUCUUGGAUCUCGUGUAUUUCUCACAGGCGCACGAGGCAGUGUCCUCGCGGUCCGGUCGACUGGACUGCGUGAAGGCGCACGAGCAGUGCUUGGGGAAGUACAGCGACUGCAGCGCCAAGUACCGAACCAUGAGACAAUGUGUCGCCGGGAAAACAAGUAAUUUCAGCAUGCUGGCGGAGCCAGAGGCGCAAGAUGAAUGCCGAAGUGCCAUAGAGGCGAUGAAACAGAGUCCUCUUUAUAACUGUAAAUGUAGGAGAGGGAUGAAGAAAGAGAAGAACUGUCUGCGCAUCUUCUGGAGUAUCUACCAGAGUUUACAGGGCAAUGAUUUACUGGAAGAUUCUCCAUAUGAGCCAGUGAACAGCCGUCUUUCAGACAUAUUCCGACUGGCGCCCAUUUUGUCUGGGGAGACAGCCGUGACAAAGGAGAAUAACUGUCUGAAUGCGGCCAAAGCCUGUAAUUUGAACGACACCUGUAAGAAGUACCGCUCGGCCUACAUCAACCCCUGCACCAGCCGCGUCUCCAACUCUGAGCUCUGUAACAAACGCAAGUGUCACAAGGCCCUGCGGCAGUUUUUCGACAAGGUUCCGCCCAAACACAGUUACAGCAUGCUGUUCUGCCCCUGCCCAGCGGGAGACCACUCGGCCUGCUCCGAACGCCGACGCCAAACCAUCGUCCCCGCCUGCUCCUACGAGGACCGGGACAAACCCAACUGCCUGGCCCUGCAGGCAACCUGCAAAACCAACUACAUCUGCAGGUCUCGACUUGCUGACUUCCUCACUAACUGCCAGCCAGAAGCUCGCUCUGUGUCAGGCUGUUCAAAGGAGAAUUAUGCUGACUGUCUCCUGGCUUAUUCUGGUCUGAUAGGUACAGUGAUGACCCCAAACUACCUGCGUUCUCCAGGUAUCAGUGUGUCACCCUGGUGUGACUGCAGCAGCAGUGGUAACAGAAGAGCUGAGUGUGAAAAAUUCUCAGAGUUCUUCACCAACAACCGCUGCCUUCGAAAUGCCGUCCAGGCCUUUGGCAACGGUACCGAUGUUGGCAUGUGGCAGCCAGCUCCUCCCACUGCGGCAAAGCCCAACACGGCGCCCAGGGCCCGGGACCGGGACCGGACCUCCACCUCCCUACACAUCCCCACGCUGUCCAACCACCUGGACACAGCAGACAGCCGGCUCUACAUCUUCUGUGGCAGUCUACAGGCACAGAGCUUGAGGUCUAAUGUCACAGCAGAUGUCCUAUGUGUGGAUCCGCCCCAGGACGGUCAGAGCAGCUUCAACGCUGUGCCUCGGAGCUCGUUCGGCGCUGCCUGCUCUCUGAAUCUGAGCGUUCUGCUCUGUUCUCUGAUCUGUGCUCUAAACCUCCUGUCUCUGCCCCUGCUGGCCAACCAGACCUUGUAG